CAGAGGCACACACACUCUCGCAGCCUCUUUUCUUUCCCCGCUCCUUGUCGUGAGGGGCGCCGUGAUCGGUGGAGCAUGAGGCUUUUAAUUGAAGCACACGUGUGUCAUCCUUCAGCCGCGGCGGUUUGGUUCGCAGCCAGGAUGUGUCAUUGACUGAGAGGAGGACUGAGGACUGAGUGCCGUUUCACCUCAAGAGUUAAAGAGAGUCAGAGUGCGAGGAGGGAGGGGGAUAGAUCCAGGACAGAGGGGAGAGCAGGUUGUGAGCGACGAGGCGGCUGCACUUUGUUGGUUUUUCUGCUGAACUUCUGUGAUGGGAGAUACGCAGGCAGGAGAAGCUUGAGUCAGGAGAGAGCUGCGAGCGGAGGAAUCACCCAACUCCUGGAGAUGCUGUUCGGUGCACUGUCCCAGGGUCAGGUCCACCCUCUCCUGGGAUCCCUGCCUCUGCCGGGUCGACCCCUCCAGUCCCAGGGUCACGCCCAGCUGGAGCACUUUCUGCCACUGAGGGUCAACGGCUCCUCGCCGCUUAGCCUCUUCCCAAACUUCAACACGAUGGACCCAGUGCAGAAAGCAGUGAUCAACCACACCUUUGGCGUGACCCCCCCCAAGAAGAAACCCAUCAUCUCCUGUAACAUCUGUCACCUGCGCUUCAACUCCACUACCCAGGCAGAGGCCCACUACAAAGGUCACAAGCAUGCUCGCAAGCUAAAGGCCUUGGAGACCCAGAGGAACCGGCACAAGAACGGACACGGUCCAUCCACAGCGGCAAAAGACCGAGAGAGGGGCAUGAUGGGAGGAGCAGCGGUGCCAAGAGACCUCUCUCUUAUGAAAGACAAAAAAGGCCCAACAUUGUCUUCUCAACCUGCACAGCAGCAAACUGAAAUCACCCAGGGGAGUUCAUUGGCAGCCCCCCCUUCAUAUCAACCUUCAGCCGUGGACCCCUUGCUCCGCUCUCCUCAGGUCUUCCCUCAGGUCUCCCCUGGCUCUCAGCUUUCUGAUCUACCCUCGGUGAGUCCACCUGUGGAAGGGUGCAGCCCGGUCCCCAGCUCAGCCCCCCCCUCUGAUCCUCAGGGAGGCUCCACGGGAAGUGCGGAGGAGGAGGAGGUGGUGAAGGUGGAUGAUGCUAAGGAGGCCAAGAGCAACAAAAACCAACCUAUCCAUUGUCCUACGUGCAAAGUGACGGUCAAUUCCAGCUCCCAGUUGGAAGCUCACUGUAGUGGCUCCAAGCACAAACUGAUGCUGGACGGUCCGAACAGCAGCCAGUCACAACGCAGGGCCAAGAUGACAUCAUCGCCCAGACCCACCAGCAGAAUUAAGCAGCGGAUGGGCAGCAAGACCAGAGCGGUGGUGUGCGUGUCCAGCCAGCCCUUUCACUGUGAACUGUGCCAGGUGUCCGUCAACUCUGAGACACAGCUUAAGCAGCACAUGAGCAGCAGGAGACACAAAGAGCGUUUGGCUGGGAAGCCUGUCAAGACAAAGUUCAGCCCUUAUAAUAAACUACAGCCCAGUGCAAUCUUAGCGACUAAACUGGCCCUGCAGAAGCAUCUCUGUAAGGCCCUGCCAGCCGGCUUCCUGACCAGCCCCCUCAAUCCAGCUGCCUUUUGCACCAUGGCUCACGGACCCUUGGCACUACGACUGCCGCCAACCAUCUUCCAGGGCCCCCUGAUCAGCCCCACGCUCUUCAGGCCCGCCCCAGGACCUUUGAGGGCCACACAUGCACCCAUAAUCUUUUCUCCUUACUAGCAUUGAGCCAAAGGCCAGAGGACCCGACCGUGCCAAAGCUGGCUGUUUAUGGUCAUGGGAACAGUAUGCCCCAAUCCCCUGGUGUGGGUUGAGAUAUCAGCACUGACUGACCAGUGUCUUGUCCUCUUAAAAAUGGACGGACCAUCAAUCAGCUGUUUCCUCUCGACAAGCUGUUGAGUGCAUGUUCCCCCAGGGUUAGGGGAACAUGGAAGCCAUAAUGACAAGCAUCCUUUUAUUUAUAAGAAUAUAAUAGACAGAUACACUAGGCUGUGUAAAUGUUACUAAAUGUUUGUUGCCAAAUGUCUUUAAUUCUGAGAUCUUUCUUGUCAAACGUACAAUCAUGUACAAUAUUUCAUCUUUGCUUUUAUGAACUUAUCUAAAUGAUGUAAAUCUCCCAUGGAACUGUCUACUUCCAUAGAACAUCCCCCACCGAUAGACAUAUAUAAUAUUUAUUAUAGAUAAAUAUAUACAUUCUUCUUUUCUCACUUGCUCUCUGUGUUAUGAGAUGACAAUCAACCACCACCAUGAUAAUGAUGCCAAGAAUGCUUGCUUUAUUGAAAUCCACUACAUGUAAUGCAUACAAUGAGAUGCUUUAAUGUUUAAAGUUAUUUAAAGUUUGAAACUUGAUUUUGUUCGACAUGAGCCAUUAUGAAUAGCUCUUCAGGGGACGGUUAUAUGAAUACAAGUUGGUUUGUGCAAUAUUGAGAGAUGAACUGUUAUCCAGAGUGUAAUAAAAAAGAAUUAACCACAUUUCAAAUGUGUCUGACAAUAUUUAUCAUGUUUUUUGUAUAAAGUGGUAUUUAAAAACUGUUCUUUAAUUUGUUCUCUCUCCCACAUGGCUGUGCUGAAUCAUCAUAAGCAAUAUGUAUUUUUGAUGUGUCCCCUGACUAGUGUAAAAUCCAUGACAAGUGUAACUGCAUUAAUUGCAAUAAUGUAAAUUAUUAUGUGUUAAAAUGUCAGUACUGUAU